AUGCCUACCGUUUCUGUGCCGAAGGACGAGUUUUUGCGCCGCCUGGGCGGCUCUCUGACGCUCGCGGAGCUGGAAGAGCUGUGCUUCAGCUUCGGCGUGGAGUACGAGGAGUGUCUGCUUGACGAGAACGGCGUGGAGGUGAUUAAGAUUGAGAUUCCCGCGAACCGGUACGACCUGCUGUGCCUCGAGGGCCUGGUGACCGCGCUGCUGGCGUACCGAUGGGACAAGCCAGCGCCUACUGUGCGCUACUCGUGCCAGUCCCCGCGCGAAACCGCGUAUGUGGAGGCGCUGCCCGAGCCGAAGUUCACUCGCCCGUACAUCUUCGCGGCGUGCCUGCGCGGCGUGAAACUGACUCAGCAGUCGUACACGAGCCUGAUGGACCUGCAGAGCAAGCUCCACCAGAACCUGUGCCGCAAGCGGACGCUGGCCGCCAUCGGCACUCACGACAUGGACCGCAUAGUGGAGCCGCUGGUGUACGGCCUUGAGCGCCCCGAGGACAUCGUGUUCGCGCCGCUGUGCGACGCGAGCCGCGACUACAGCGCGGCCGAGCUUGUGAAGCACUACAAUGAGACCAACAACCACCUCAAGCCGUACCUGAAGAUCCUGGAUGGCCUCGAGCUGUACCCGGUGCUCCGCGACGCGACCGGCAAGGUGUGCUCGUGGCCGCCCAUCACCAACUCCGCGUACACGAAGGUCACCGUGGACACGCGCAACCUGUUCAUCGAGGUGACGGCCACGGACCGCGUGAAGGGCAACAUCUGCCUGAACAUGCUGAUCCACUGCUUCUCGCAAUACUGCGCCGAUCCGUUCACUGUGGAGCCGUACUUCACGAAGUACUCCGACGGUCUGGUUCUAUCGCCAGACCUGAGCCCGCGCCACCUGGAUGCCGACCUCGCGUACCUGCGCAACCUGAUCGGCGUGCCGGGCCUGACUGGCGAGGACGCGUGCAUGUACCUGAAGCGCAUGAUGAUCGACUGCGAGUUCAACCCUGACAAGGGCACCAUCGAGGCGAGCGUCCCGAUCAGCCGCCCCGACAUCCAGCAUGCGUGCGACAUCGGCGAGGACAUCGCCAUCGCGUUUGGCUACAACAGCAUCGCGAAGCACUCGUUCCCGAUGGGCCGCCUGAAAACUGUGACCUACAUGUCACGCGCGGUUCGCGACGUGCUGUUUAGCUGCGGGUACAAGGAGACGCUGAUGCCCAUCUUGGACUCGCUGAAGACCAUGUACGAGCGCAUGGGCUGGCAUGAGCCCGCCGCCUCCUCCCCCCGCCGCCCCGUGCUGCUGAAGAACUCUAAAAUAUCGGAGCUCGAGGCCUGCCGCGUGUCGCUGAUCCCCGGCAUCCUGCGCACAAUCGCCAAUUUGAAGGGCGCCGCUCUGCCCAUCCAGGUGUUCGAGGUCGGCGACGUCGUGUGGCGCCACGAGGGCAACGACGUCUCCGCCAUGAACAACACGAACGUGGCGUGCGGCUACGCGAACAGCUCUACUGCCGGUCUGGAGGAGGUCCAAGGCGUGUCCGAGAUACUGCUGAACGAGCUGGGGUUCUACAGCGAGUACCAGAAAUGGGAGUUCGGAGAGAGCCACACCCCUAUUCCCGAGACAUGGAAGCACCUGUACCGCCUGGAGGAGGUAGACGACGGCGCGUUCAUGCCGGGUCGUGCCGUGAAGUUGGUGACGUCUGCGAGUCCGAGUGUGUCCCUGGGCACCAUGGGUGUGGUCCACCCUGACGUGCUACGCCGCUUCCACAUCCAGCUGCCGGUGACUGUGUUUGAGCUUGACCUGAGUCUGGUGAAGCGUAUAAUUUCGUAG